GGUUAGGUUUCAGGGAAUUUCGGUAAAAUGAUUUUAUUUACUUAAAAAUGUUUUUUUGAUUCGAGUUACAAUGUUAAAUACAAUGUUUGCCUAAAAAAUUUACUUAAACGUCUUGUCUGAAAACAAAUCGCAAUUUAUUUUACGAUUUAUCGUUAUGGCUUUAAAAAGGUCUCCAGGAGAGCUGCCGAAAGAUGCAGUUGUUAUAACGGAAGAGGAGGCAAAAAAUUAUGUAUGGGAGGUCAUAAGAAAUUGGGAGUCUCCAUCGGAUAUAUGGGCUUUAAGGCAUGGAGCCACAAUUUUAGGUGCAAUCAAUUCAGUGGCUGGUGUCCUUAUAAACAGACAUUAUAGGUGGAGAUUUAGAUUGGGAUCGUAUGGAUACAUGUCGUCUACAAUCCCUAUAGUUGUUAUGCCUGGAAUUCUGACUACUCUUCUUCAUAGACAUCUUAUCUCCAGUAAAAUAGUAGUGAAUGAUCAGACAUGUCCCGUCUGCUUUGAGGUCAGAUCCAUGGCUAUACAAGCGGGAUUUGGAACAUUCUAUCCGUUGGUUCUGGGUGCAACUUCAGCAUUAAUGCUUGCCAACCGAUAUUCAACAUUCAGAGUUCCAAUGUUACAUGAGGGUCCUAAGACAAUGUUUAAGUUCUUAAAACAUCACACAGUGAGGCUGUAUCCAACUCUCACUUGUAUGCUUGUAGCUCAGUUGGUUGCUUCUGCAGCAAUUACAUAUUUCCAAUUUGAAAACACCCUAACUUUACGAAAGAAAUUAUAUGAACUUGAACUGCAACUGGAAAAUGAGCGAGUGAAUCAGGUCUAUUCUUAAAAGUUGUUAUGAGUUGUAGGUGCCUAUUUAAUGUAGAUUUAAUAAAUAUUGUUGAAUUAAA